AGCCUCCGCCCGGGGGACCCCUAUCCCUGCCUGUCCCCCCAACUGCGCGUCCCCACCCCACCCCCGUGGCCGAGCCAUCUUUGGUGUGGCGGUCUCCACUCGUCAGAAGAGCCUUGAACAGUCACCCGACUCCUCUCCACAGCCUCUUUGCAUCUCGGAUUUCGGGGCGGCCCCAUCCCCCACCUCUCCCUGCCUCUUUGCACCCCGAUUUUUCUGUGCUUCGCUCGGGUUUUGCAGCCGUCUAUUUUUGCAUCCCUUUUCGUUUUGCUUCUGGGAGGUCUAGGGGGUGAAGCUGCGUUCGCACCCCUUCGCCUUUUUAUCCUCCCCUGCUCGGACAACCCCCCUUUUCAUUGCAGUGGGGGGGCCUAGGAUCUGUUCAUCUUACGCCGCGCCGCCAGCACCCCGCAGCGUGUGGCCUUGCGCCCCGGAAUUUGCAGCGGCUGCAUAUCUGAGGGGGGGGGUCUCCCUUGGCCCGCUGCCUUUGCUCCCCGCGCGUUCCGGUGCGUGAGGGAGCUUCAGCGCGCCGCACCCCGGCUUCUUCAUAGCCCCCCGCCCCGCGCGGGACUUGCACCCCGCCGUCAAGAUGGUCAUCCAGAAAGAGAAGAAGAGCUGCGGGCAGGUGGUUGAAGAGUGGAAGGAGUUCGUGUGGAACCCGAGGACGCACCAGUUCAUGGGCCGCACUGGGACCAGCUGGGCCUUUAUCCUCCUCUUCUACCUCGUCUUCUAUGGCUUCCUCACCGCCAUGUUCACCCUGACCAUGUGGGUGAUGCUGCAGACCGUCUCCGACCACACCCCCAAGUACCAGGACCGAUUGGCCACACCAGGCUUGAUGAUUCGCCCUAAGACUGAGAACCUCGAUGUCAUUGUCAAUGUCAGUGACACUGAAAGCUGGGACCAGCAUGUUCAGAAACUCAACAAGUUCUUGGAGCCUUACAAUGACUCCAUCCAAGCCCAGAAGAAUGAUGUCUGCCGCCCUGGUCGCUAUUACGAACAACCAGAUAACGGAGUUCUAAACUACCCAAAACGUGCUUGCCAGUUCAACCGGACCCAGCUGGGCGACUGCUCUGGCAUUGGGGACCCCACCCACUAUGGUUACAGCACUGGACAGCCCUGUGUCUUCAUCAAGAUGAACCGGGUCAUCAACUUCUAUGCAGGAGCAAACCAGAGCAUGAAUGUUACCUGCGUGGGGAAGCGAGAUGAAGAUGCUGAGAAUCUCGGCAACUUCGUUAUGUUCCCUGCAAACGGCAACAUCGACCUCAUGUACUUUCCCUAUUACGGCAAGAAGUUCCAUGUGAACUACACGCAGCCCCUGGUGGCCGUCAAGUUCCUGAACGUGACCCCCAACGUGGAGGUGAACGUGGAGUGCCGCAUCAACGCUGCCAACAUUGCCACUGACGAUGAGCGCGACAAGUUCGCGGGGCGUGUGGCCUUCAAACUCCGCAUCAACAAAACCUGAGGCCCCCUUCCUCCCGCCCCCACCUCUUUCCUACGGAUGCUUCUGGAAUACCCCUGACCCCGCCUGAUCCCUCCCUCACCCACCCCAAAGGUAUUUUUUAUAACAGAGCUAUGGCUUCUCUGA